UAUACGCUAUUUGAUGAUGCUGAUAGAAAUUUGGAAAAAAAACAAGGGCACCACCACCAUCGGCAUGGUCACUACCUCCGAGGCAACCCUCGAACCGUCACCCAUUAUUAUCAUCAUCAAAUGCACCAACCUCCCCAAACUGAUGAGGAGGAAAUACUUGACCACAAUACUCCUGUAACUCUGGCCCAAGCUUCUUCCUCCUCUCUCUCUUCAUCCUCUUCCUCCAUUUCUUCAUCGUCCUGGUUCACGGAGGCAAGUGCAAACGAUCCUUUCUGUCUCCGCCACACUGAGCGUCCGCAGCAUUCUUUGUCCUGCUCCAAUAUUGCGGACGUACGCAGGGCUUUUCAGGAAGACGACAGCAGCGAGCCUAUUAUCCUUGCCACGGUCACACAUGGCAGCAAUGGCAGCGGUGUUGCUGUUCCCAUACAUGGCAGCACAAAACAGAUAGGGAGGGGUGAUUUUUCACCCCUUGACCGAAGUCAUAGCAGAAGUGAGGAAGGCCUCCUGAAGGGUAAUGAAGGCCACGAUGGCAGGAAACAAUCCAAGGCACCAAAGAGUGGGAGUCUAUACAAGACUCUGAGUUUGAAUCAAAGCCUGACUUUCAGUGACAAAGACCUCUCAGGAGAUUCUAGGGGCCCAAAGAGAGCCGUGUCAUCCAGCCAGCUUCCCAGCAAAGGAAUCCUGAAGAACAAGGAACCUCAAGCCGACAUACGCAAAGCUAAAUCGAUGGAGGUGAUAUCCCCGAGAGUUCCCAAACAAAAGAAUGCCGGGCCCAGUGGUCAGGGUCAGAAAGAGAUUGCGCAAGCUGAGAUGGAGCAAGCGAGGGCAAAUUUCGUGCAGGGAAAGUUGCAAUUCUCAGCUUUCCUGGAUGAGAUAACAAAACAGGUGAUAAGUCCGUCCUAUCUCUCUAUACUCGGGGUGAACAAUAACAAAGUUACCGGCAAGCCCUGUGCACCAACUCAAACGCUUGAUCCUGUCAAACCUGAACUCCCACCUAAGAAGCAUAGGAAAAGUUCUGGUGAGGAGAGGGAACAGCAUCCUAAACAGCAUAGCAGACAGGACAAAGGUGUUCGCAGCAUCUCUCGAGAAGAUUCAGAUGGCUCCAAUCCGGACAGACUGAUUUCAUAUGCGGCUAGGAAGUACCAGGGUAGCCCGCCGCCUCAUCAGUUUGUCUCCUCUUCCGCUCGAAAUGCUCACCAUGGAAGAAGCCGUAAAGACAAGAGACUGUCACCCAUUGGGGGCUCUCUGACAGAGGACAGAUACGGCAGAUGUGGUUCUCAACUAACCGACGGAACCAGCACCAGCCCUGAGUUGAGCCAGCCCAAAUUGCGGCACCACUACAAGCAACAAAACCAUUCCUUCUAUAGCCCACACACCCAGCACUUCCCUCAGCCUCAGCACGUACAGACUGGUGCAAUCCAACGUGGUCCAAACAGCUCAGCCCAGGGUGCAAGAAUGGGCCUCGGGUCAGAGUCUUCAUCCAGUAAAUCAGACUCAUCCAGGACCCGAGAUACAGCCUCCACAGCGACCAGUCACAGCUCGGAGCAGAGCCGGCGUCACGAUUCAAUGCAUGUGGGAAGCUCCAAAAAAUGCAGAGACAGACCGUGUGAUGCUGAGCAGCUUCAAGUGCUACAGGAGGAGAAUACUGAUCUUCACCAGAAUUUGCUGCAGACAGUGGUCUGCAUUGAAAGUCUGGAGUCAGAGUUGCAGAGGACCAGGGAUGAGCUCAGCAUUGUCAAAGACAAAUAUAAAAGCCUACUGGAGACACACACUGGCACCAGGCAGGCUAAUAAUCUGCUGGGGGAGCAUUUGCACAUUGCGUCGGAGAGUAUGAGCAGCAGUGAGAGGAAGUACCUUCUCAAUCGCGUGUCUCAGCUGAGCUCUGAGUUGGAGGACGCGCACAGGACAGUUGCUGCGCUGGGGAACAUUAAUCUGCCGUGUCUGAUCAAAGAUUUACUGGAGAAGCACUUGAACUCAGAUGAGACCGUGCAGAAGAUUGAAACACCUUCUUCUAUUGGCAACCAUAUAACCAGCUCCACACCGGCACUCAAGCCACCUCACCUUCCUAAAUUGGAGGGAGCGGCACACAGCUGGUUAACAAUGUCGGACACUGCUACAGCCUUUGUUCCCUUCAAACAGGAAGUGCCCAAAACAGGUCAAAUCUCCCCCCAAGGCGUUCCCCCGUCCAGCAACAGCCCACCUUUUUCAGUGGAGGACAUGAGCACCGCCAUCUAUGAGAAGAUUGUAGCCGAUUACACUGCCAAACCUCAAAGGAAUCUACAGCAGUCCUCCCAGGGUGUAAAAUACACUGACAUCCCUCUUAAGCCUCAGCAGCUCCACCAUGCUGACCGCAUGGCUGAAAAGGGAGAGGUAUUGGUGACGCUUUUGGAGCAGAAUGCUGCAAAUGUGACCUCCAUGUCUGCCCAGCAGAUCCUAGAUGAGUUUAUGCAGCAGCUGCACACCCAUGAGAGGGUUGGUGAAGGGAAGGAGCACGAGUAGUUGGCAGUGGGAGCCGAGCCAAAGAGGCAUAGGGCCAGAGCGACGGCAAGACACGAUGAUGGGAAUUUAACGUCACUGCCUGAAACAAAGCAGCUGAGCAUUUGUGUUCAUCUGUCUUGGAAAUGCCAGUGGAUUAUAUUGCAAGAUUGUUUGUAUUGAUUUAUAUUGUAUUACUUGCCUUGUGUUUUAUUAGUUCUUAUAAUUGACCAGAAUGAGACAAGGUUUAACUCAGUUAUUUCACUGCACACAGGGAUUGACUUUCACCUCAAGUAACUUUUCAAUAAAUAUACUAAUAUUACUCAAAACGUCUAAAAUAAUGAAUGGUAUUUGCGAAUAAUCUAUAUUUUAAAUAAUGCAAUGCAGGCAUGAAUAAUAAUAAUAAUAAUAUGUAUAUUUUAGGAUAGUUAUUUCUUGUUUUUUGGGAUGUAGAGUAGUGGAAAAAACACUGGUAAUUAAUGAAAUGGAAAUGUAACAUUGAUUUUAUUUUUUGUUUAUGUCGAUUAUAAAUUUUAUUGGGAAAAGUCAAGAAAAUGAUUCCAAUUUAAGAAAAAACCCUCUUGUUAUGACGAUUAAAACGAGCUGACGGUAUGAGUAAAACAAUCUGUGGAUGGAAAAAAAAACCCCAGGCUUCUUGCUCUGGCCUGGCUUGAGCUUCAGAAGCUUUGCUGAAACCUGCAGAAUAGCCAUUUCUGGAAAAUCCUUCAUUUUGCUAUCAACUGGACAUGGCGAACAGAAGCAGCGUGAUGAAGCAGCAAAAUUGAAAAGGAAGGAAUUGGAUAGAUUCUUAGAUAAAAUAUUGUUAGUGUUAGUGUAACACUUGAUCCCAAAUGAGAUACUUUUCUGGGGUAAUGAGGUAAGCAUGACGCCAAGGUGGUGAGCAUGCCUGCGAGUGCACGAGUCACCAAUCACACCUUUUGUCUCUGAGUAGUUGUUUUUCCUCAUGCAUGGUAAUUUCUUGCAAACAAAAUGAGAGGCACAACAUCCAUAGAGAAGAAGAAAGCUAAUAUUUAACACAGAUGAUUUUAUUCAUGUACUACUGAUAGUAGUAUACUGCCAUUUUUAAGAAAUAUGACUAAAAGUGAUUUUAUGCAAUAACGUGUAAAUACAAUACUGUGUCGGUGUAAGUUAUUUGGAUUUUGGAAAAAUGAUGUUAUUUCAAUAAUAAAUAGUAAACUGACAUUUUUAAGAAAUAUGACUAAAAGUGAUUUUAUGCAAUAAUGUGUAAAUACAAUAUUAUGUCGGUGUAAAUUAUUUGUUUUUUGAAAAAAUGAUGUUAUUUCAAUCUGCAUACCCCAGUCCUAAUUUGUCAUCAUCAAUACUCAUUGCAUGUCACUUCAGAAUGUACCAUGGUAUUUCUGCUUUAAUAACAAAACUACUGUAACCAUGCCAUUGCUUAUACUCUGUGCACAAAUUUGUAGUUCGGCCUUUCCAAAACUUUUCCUGUUGAUGUCUUAUAAGGGUAGGAUUUUGAAUCAAAUCAUCCCUAUUUCAUUAUGCAUAAUUCAUAUUAAUAAA